AUGUUCCUCGGAGAAGCCAAGGACGCGCAGGUCGUGCCCUUCAUCAUCAAUGGCGAGGACUACUAUCCUGAGAGAUCAUUUGAUGUCACAUCUCCUGUGACUGGCAAAGUGGUACACCGCUGUGGCGCUGCCACUCUCGCAGAUGCCACUGCUGCUGUUGAUGCCGCUGCCGCGGCCUUCAAGACUUGGAGAAAGUCAACACCCGUUCAACGACGUGACAUUUUCCUCAAGGCCGCCGAUAUUAUCCAGCAGAAGAGCGAUGAGUUAGCCGAGAUCAUGUCAAAUGAGACGGGAGCUGCGACGCCAUGGGCUCUCUUCAACAUCAACACCGCUGCAGAGUUGAUUAGAGACGCUGCCAGCCGAACCUCUGCUAUCGAAGGUUCAUUUCCUACAUUGAUGGAUCCCAACACCAGUGGCAUAGUCCUACGAGAGCCCUAUGGAGUUGUUCUGUCUGUGGCCCCUUGGAAUGCCCCCUACAUUCUACCCACUCGUUCUAUUGCUGGCCCUGUUGCCGCAGGAAACACAGUUAUUCUCAAAGCUUCAGAGCUUGCGCCGCAAUCUAUGAGGGCUCUUGUAUCCGUCUUCCACGAGGCAGGUCUGCCCAACGGAGUCAUCAACAUGAUUGCCCACGACCGGGAUACUGCGGCUGAGAUCACAACGGCUUUGAUUGCCAACCCCCACAUCAAGAAGAUCAACUUUACGGGCAGCACCAACGUUGGACGAGUCAUCGGAAGGCUCGCUGGCGAGCACCUCAAGCCAGUCAUUCUAGAGCUUGGCGGCAAAGCACCGGCCAUUGUCUGGGAGGACGCGGAUCUAGAUGUCGCAGCCCAGCAAUGCGCAUUGGGCGCGUUCCUUCACGGCGGCCAGAUCUGCAUGUCUACAGAGAGGAUCAUUAUUCACAAGAAGAUCAAGGGCCAGUUCCUAGAGAAGCUGACGGCGGCCGUCAAGGACAUGUUCCCGUCUGAUGGGCCCGCUCCUAUUCUCGUCAAUGAAAUGGCCGUCAAGCGGAACAAGGCGCUCGUCGAAAAUGCCACAUCCAAAGGCGCCACGGUGAUUAUAGGAGACAUCAAGGCUCUCGAGUCACGCAGCACUGAGUUGCGCCCAGUCGUUGUCGACAAGGUGGCGCCCGGUAUGGAUCUAUACAAGACGGAGUCGUUUGGCCCAACUGUGUCCCUUUAUGAGAUUGAGACGGAGGAGGAGGCUCUGGAGCUUGCAAACGACGCUGAUUACGGCCUUACGUCGGCCGUCUUCACCGAAGACCUCAGGAGGGGCCUUCGUUUUGCGAGGGAGAUUGAUUGUGGCGCCGUUCACAUCAACAACAUGACUGUUCAUGACGAGCCAGCUCUGCCACAUGGAGGGACCAAGUCAAGUGGGUUCGGGCGCUUCAAUUCAUCCGUUGGGCUGGACGAGUGGGUGAGAACGAAGACGGUCACUUUUAAGAACUAA